AUGACAGUUUGCUUGGAUUCUAUGGGUAACGAAUUCUUGUGGAUUAAGGACAAUGGCAAUGAGAAACUCGUCACAUACCGCCUUUUCGAUGCAAAAGGGUUGUCGCGAGAGACACGAGACGCAAAGGGCCGACUGAUUGAACGGAAAUCCUACGAUAUGGCUGGCAAUGACGUCCUGGAAGAGACUAUGGACGCCUCAAACUUGUGGACGCUUCACGAUGUUAUGGGUAGAGCUGGUUUAAUGUGGCGGGGCCAGGAUCCGACGUGGAGAAAGGAAACUCACCAAAAUGCAUUGAGCCAGGUGACUUACUCCCAGGCUUCAGACGGGAGUGCCUCGCGAUACAGUUACAAUGAUGCCUGGCUUCUUGACAUGAUAGAGGCUAACGUGAGAGGAGAAAAGAGCGCGGCUGGAGACCUUUUGCGGAAGAAAUAUGUUACUGGGGUGGAUUAUAACGAGCUGUCGCACGCAACGGCCAUUCACUAUGGCAAUGGACAGAUUAUGACCAACGAGUUCGACACUCUCACACUGAGGUUGAGGAAGCGCCAGACUGUAUCUCCAUCCGCUACAAGACCUUCAAAGGUAAUGCAGAGCCUUGAGUACACAUACGACCCAACUGGAAACAUCACACUCAUACGCAACAACGCGCAGCAAGAUGUUUUCUUUAGGAAUCGGGUUAUUUCCCCCGAUGCCAAGUAUACCUAUGGCCCAACAUAUCGUCUCCUCGAAUCGUCAGGUCGCGAGCAACUCGACAACGGAUCUGGACCUGGGGGUUCAAACGUCGGACCGGCUUGCCCAGGCGCCUUUCAGACAUUUGAUGCCACAUCAGAUGCGCCAAGAGAUGGAAUACCCAUGAGUCGCUAUUCAAACAUUGAUCAAUAA